AUGGUGAGCUUUGGUGCUUCUAAGAUGUUAAUGGCGACGAGGGCCAGAGAUUUCGUUAGUAUAUCAACAACCUCUUUGACCCAAUUUCGGCUUCGAACUUACGCUUCAUCUCCUACUGCCACUGCAUUUCAUUCGGCUCGGAUAGUUCCUCACCCACCAGAUUUGAUCAGUUGGGUCAAGAGGGAAGGGGGUUUAGUUCACAGUGGGUUGAAGAUUGCAAAUGAAGACUCGUAUGGCCUCGGUGUGGUGGCUGCUGAAGAUAUUCCUAAAGGGGCUGACCUCAUCGCUCUUCCCCAUCAUUUGCCGCUUCGCUUUCAGUCUAUUGAUUCAGGUAUGGUUGAUGGUGGAGGAGGAGGAGGUCUUGAGUCUGUUUUAGCCCAAUUAGCUCGUCAAGUGCCUGAGGAACUGUGGGCAAUGAAAUUGGGUUUGAAGCUUCUCCAAGAAAGAGCAAUGGUUGGUUCCUUCUGGUGGCCGUACAUCAGCAAUCUCCCUGAGACUUACAGUGUACCCAUUUUCUUUCCUGGAGAGGAUAUAAAGAAUUUACAGUAUGCGCCUCUUCUUCAUCAGGUGAAUAAGAGGUGCCGGUUUCUUCUUGAUUUUGAGAAAGAAGUCAAAGGUCUGCUCAAGAAUGUUGGAACAAAUGAGCACCCUUUCAGGGGCCAAGAGGUGGAUGCAAGUUCUCUUGGUUGGGCCAUGUCAGCUGUUUCUUCUCGGGCAUUUCGUCUGCAUGGGGAAAGGCUCUCAGAUGGGACACACGCUAAUGUGCCUAUGAUGCUUCCUCUCAUUGAUAUGUGCAACCACAGUUUCUACCCAAAUGCUCAAAUUGUCCAGCAAGAUGAUGCAAAGAGCCUAAAGAUGGUAGUUAAGGUUGUGGCAGAGACACAGAUCAAACGAGAUGAUGCAAUAACGCUAAACUAUGGUUGUUUGAGCAAUGAUUUUUUCCUUCUAGACUAUGGGUUUGUGAUUCCAUCAAAUCCAUAUGACUGUAUUGAGCUCAGGUAUGAUGGAGCUCUUUUGGAUGCUGCAAGCAUGGCUGCUGGGGUUGAAUCCCCCAACUUCUCUUCACCUGCCCCAUGGCAGCAACAGAUUCUUUCCCAGCUGAAUUUGGAAGGAGAAGUUGCUAACCUCAAGGUGACUUUAGGAGGCACUGAAUUGGUGGAAGGCCGCUUGUUGGCAGCUUUAAGAGUCCUCCUUGCAAGUGAUAUGGAAUCAAUACAGAAAUAUGAUUUGAAUACCCUUAAGUUGGCAUCAGCUGAAGCUCCACUUGGGGUAUCAAACGAAGUAGCCGCUCUUCGCACUGUUAUUGCAUUGUGUGUGAUUGCACUGGGGCACUUUCCCACGAAAAUAAUGGAGGAUGAAUCUCUAUUGAAGGGAGGUGUUUCACGAACAAGAGAGUUGGCAAUCCAGUUCAGGAUCCAAAAGAAAUCUAUCAUCGUAGAUGCGAUGAGAGAUCUAACUCGGCAGGUGAAGAUACUAUUGUCGAAGGAAACAGCCACAACCCAAUGUUGAGAACUCUAGAUCCUAGCGAAAGGCGAGUCUUUUGAUUAACCAGUUCAUACAAUAAAGUAAUUGUUGAAUGUUGAAAUUUUGUCUGGAGAAUUCUUCCAUUUCUGAUUAUUCAAUGAUUUGAAAGUUUUAUACUUUA